AUGGUUAAGGGAGACCUAGAUGAGCCUGUACUGUCUGCCUCAGUAAGCAGUGUCUAUGAAGGUGAAUCAGUGACUUUGACCUGUAGUAAAUCUGAUGGUGACCCAGACGCUAGUAUCACGUGGUAUAAAGAUGGACAAGCACUCAGCACCAUAGACACCAAUAGAUUUACUACAAGUGAAGAUGCUCUUGAAAUACACAUUGAAGCUUCAAGUGCAGCUGAUGGUGGCAGGUAUACAUGCAAAGCUGAAAGUGAUCAAUUCAGAGGAGAAGAGGGCAAAACCAGUAAUCAAAUUGAAUUGAAAGUAAUAUAUCUUACAAUUACAUUUGAAUCAAAAGAUGACACCGCAACAUGCACUGCAGAGGGUUAUCCCAACCCGUCUUCUGUAACGAUUUACAAAGAUGGAAAAAUGAUUGAGAAUGGGACACUUACUGCAUUCAUGAAAAUUUAUGAAGAUAUUUGUAAAUUAAACAUCACAUGCUAUGCAGAGAAUGGAGAAGUUAAUGCAACAGAACCACUGAAGACCUGUAAAGUUCCAUCUAGUCGUAUAGCCCUGACUAUUGGAAUGCUUUUUGUUGGCGUCCUUGUUGGUUGCUUCGGACUAGCGGCUGGAUUGAUCGGCUACAUUAGGAUUAAACAGAAGAAAUCUGAAGCCAUGCAAAGUAUCGACACCAGAAAGCAAGAUACUUACAUGAAAUACACAGCAGAUAACAGUGAUGAGAACCAUACUUAUCAAGGUCUGCAGCACACAAAAGAAGAAACAGCUUACGUUAAUAGCAGGACGAAGAAAUCUGAAGCCAUGCGAAGUACCGAUACCAGAAAGCAAGAUACUUACAUGAAAUACACAGCAGAUACCAGUGAUGAGAAGCAUACUUAUCAAGAUCUGCAGCACACAAAAGAAGAAACAGCUUACGUUAAUAGCAGGACGAAGAAAUCUGAAGCCAUGCGAAGUACCGACACCAGAGAGCAAGAUACUUACAUGAAAUACACAGCAGAUACCAGUGAUGAGAAGCAUACUUAUCAAGAUCUGCAGCACACAAAAGAAGAAACAGCUUACGUUAAUAGCAGGACGAAGAAAUCUGAAGCCAUGCGAAGUACACACACCAGAAAGCAAGAUACUUACAUGGAAUACACAGCAGAUACCAGUGAUGAGAAGCAUACUUAUCAAGAUCUGCAGCACACAAAAGAAGAAACAGCUUACGUUAAUAGCCGGACGGUAAAGUACCAUCAUAAGUGA